AUGGAACAUAGGGUUAUUGUAUACCCAUCCUGUAAAUUUUUAAGCAAUAAUGAUAAUAUUAGACGAAUUAACAUAUGUAAAGAAUGUGUAUCCGAACACAGUUCUAUUUUUGUGUGUUAUGACAUAGAAAAAUCAUCACUCAGUGAUGAUUUUAAGAUGUUAUUGUUAAAGCAUACUAAUCUAGUAUUAAUAUCUUGCAAUUUUAGAUAUAAAACGAUGUUUCAGGAGAAACAAAAGUAUAAAAACUUGCUUAUGGACAAUAUUUUUUCAAAUGAUCUUCGAUCAUUUAUCGGCAACAUGUUAUCACCCACCAGUGACUCUGAUAUUUCUACAUUGAACUCAGAUACAGAAUUAGAUACUAUUUCAACUCAUCUAGUGCUUGGAUUCUUCAUUUAUAAUCCUGAUGCACUGGACUCAAAUGAGCCCUUAAUGUGCAUCAAUAGUGAUGUAAAAAAAAUGAGAAUUAUGUAUCCUCAAAUACGAAUAAUACUUAUUUUACAGGGAAUCCGUGACAUGGCUAUACAUUUUGGCAAGUGUGACUCAAAAAUACCCAUCAAUUCUGGUGAAAUAGAUGAUUUAAUAUGCCGAUUAUUAAUAUCUUACCAAGUAGAUACGGUGGAAACGCGCGACUUUAACGAAUCAUUUGAGUACUUGUUUAAAACUUGCAACACAAUUCUAAACGCGCCGAGUUAUCAUGAAUUUAACAUGUUUCGAUCCAGCCAUGUUUUAUCUAAAAAUAUAAGUAGUACCAAAUGUGGCGACGACGAUUUAGACAUAUAUGAGAGGAUAUGGAUAAACCAGCUAAUGCAAAUACCAGGAUUAGGUGAAAGCGGAGCAACUAUCAUCGCACAGCAAUAUAAAACACCGUUGGAAUUGAUAAAUGCAGCAACAUCAAAUCAUCUAAGUAAGGAACUAGAAAAUAUGCAAAUACCUUCAUCCAAAGGCCAUAGGAAGUUGGGACCAGUGUUAGCUAAUAGAUUGAUACACAUGUUUUGUAGUGUUGGUUCAGAGAAUGAUGUUGUGGUUAGACAAUCAAGGAAAUCAGUUAAUUCUGAAGGGUAA